AUGGCUGAAGAACCGCGACGAUCUGGUCGCGCCACCAAAGGACAAUACUCCAAAGAUCGCGAUAUCGCUGAAGACGCCCCUCCGAAGAAAAAGGGCAGAGGAAAGAACUCCAAAGCCAAGGCGGCAGAACAGGAGGAAAAUGAAGAGAUCAUCCGCUGCGUCUGCGGCACCUACGAAGAGGAGGAAGAUGUUCCCCGAGCAAUGAUCUGCUGCGACAACUGCUCAGCAUGGCAACAUAAUGGUUGUAUGGGUCUUCCGGAAGACUAUCAAGCCCCUCAAUACUUUUGCGAACAAUGUCAUCCCGAGGACCACGAGGAAUUGGUCGCAGCCAUCGCGCGCGGGGAGAAGCCGUGGGAGGAGGCAGUCAGGCAGCGAGACACGGGGAAAGGGAAGAAGAAAGGAGGUCGAAAAGGUCGGAAGUCGGCUACUGGACAGUCAAGUGAGGUCGUGUCUCGCGCCUCUCAGGAUGUCGACGAAACCCCGGCGCAAACUCCCGCGGCAGGACAGAAGCGCAAACUGGAAGAGUCGCCAUCUAUCCCAGAAGUGAAGAAUAAGAAGGCACGAGGGACACCAGCUGCUGAUACCAAUGGCACCAAAGCAGUCAAGGCUGAGACCCCUACUAGGCAGGUGUCGAGCUCGGAGCCUGUCUCGGCGGUUGCGGUGGAUGUGAAGGAACUUACACAUACGAGGAAGCAAGCUGCGUCCACAUUGAUCAAGCUCAUAGAACAGCAAAUCAAAGAAGCCGUAAAGCAAGGCGACUACGUUGUUCCUACCGGCACCUCGGCGACAGAAGUCGCGAACCAGAUUGGCCUCCGUACGGAACAUGCGUUGUAUCACGUCCAGGCCGGCGGGAGCGGUGACCCCAACGAAGCCUACAAGACCCAAUUGCGAGCAAUAAGCUUUAACGUUAAGAAGAACCGCACGUUAGGAGUACGAUUACUGAAUGGAGAUCUUCUCCCUCACACUCUUGCGUCGAUGGAUCCGAAGGACAUGGCGAGCGAUGAGCAGAAGAAAAAGGAUGCGGCUGUCAUGAAAGAGCUGGAGAAACAACAUACCAUUGUGGAAGAGCAGGCCCCCAGGAUCAGACGAACACACAAGGGGGAAGAGUACGUGGACGAGUCAAGGCAGGUUGCAGCAGAGUCUGCGACGUCGAAUGCUCCCGUACGGAAACCCAGUGUCGCAGAUCCGGAGGGAGAUACAAAAAGCCCUGGCGUAAGGAGCCCAUCCGUCACUCCAGCCGCUCCCAGCAAAGGAAGCAAACCGAGGCCGUCUGUUGAUACCAAUCGACGCCAAUCGUCAGCGAACUUUGACAUUGACAAAGUCUGGUCGAAUGUCCAAGGUUCCCCCGACGGCGACAAUCAGCGAUUCGGUGAACUGCCACAACAGGCGUCGCCAACCACCACUGUCCGAGAACCCAUCGCCCCAGGGACCAAGGCUGACGCAGACAUCGACGAGCUCCUCAAAGAUGAGGAGGCCGAGUCACCUCCCUAUUCGCCCAAGGAGUCCGCUGAAGCUGAUGGCGUUGUUUGGCACGGUAUCGUCAACGGCGGUAACCUAGGCCGAUUUCAUGCUGUUGCGAGAUACGCAGCUGGGGCGACUCCGGAUGCCGAUACGUUGCGCAUGACCUAUGACCAGAUCAUCCCGGCUGAAAUUGACAUAGGAGGUCGAAUCCAACCUUCUCGAGCAGAUGAAUACCUCUGUGGCCUCGAGUACAGCAAUACGUCUGACCUGGUCAUUGUGUGCAUGCCGGAACCUACAAACUCGCUGGAUCAGGAGCAAUUCGACAAGUUCUUCCGAUACUUUAAGAACAAGGACCGGUUCGGCGUGGGAAUUCAACACACGAAUCCGGCGAUCAAAGACAUCUACUUGAUUCCGCUGGACAAGAGCCAGGAAAUGCCCACUUUUGUCAAGAAACUCGAAACGGAUUUCCCGGAUCCGGCGCAGGAGAAAAUGCUGCUUGUCCCGAUCGUCAUCAAAAACAGCGAGUUGCCACAUAAUGCGCCUUCUACGCAAGCUGAUGGGACACCUGCUUCUGCGGCCAGUCCUAUGGUCGGAGGACCGAUAGCUCAGACCCCUAUCACGCCUCAUGAAGGCAGCUUCCCCUACAAUCAAUCUCCCAUACCAGGUCAGCAAGGAGCGAAUGGAACUCCUCAGGCGCAACAUGGUUUAGGGGUGACAGCAGCCUUUCCUACUCCCACACCCUCUUCGCUCCCACAACCUCAUCAACCGCUUAUCCAACCGUCACUACAGCCCUCGCCGCCGCCCAACUCCGCCAUGGCCAUGGCUCAGAAAGUUCUCGGUCCCCAACUAGCCUCUUCCCCUUCAGUGGUGCAGCUAUGCACUCAGGUAUCCACGGUCGGAGAAUCCGAGUUCGACGUGAUCAAGAGGUGUCUUGAGCAGAAUCCCGAGGCCCAGGGCAGCUUGGGAGUCUUGACGGCCAUGUUACAGCAGGUCAAUGCAGAGCGUGGAGGCGAUGGAGGUGGCACGGUCGGUACAUGA